CACGGUCAUACUGCGCCCAGCUGAUCGGCCGCCGCGUGUUUUUUUGGGAUUUUCCUUAUUUGGCUGUUGUUGUUUUGGGCCGCCGGUACCGCUUAGCACUCCAUCUCUCUCGCACUCGCCAUGGGCAAGAACAACAAGCGUAACAAGAAGGCCAAGCAACCAAAUGGAGCCACUGCAUCCUCAGCCUCAUCCGGCGCUGGUGAGGAUGUGGAGGACCAGCAGGCUGCAAGGUCAUUGCCCAGUUUGAACCCGAAAAAGCGGAACCAGCUGAACAAACUGGUGGAGGAGCUCCUCGAUCUGGUGGAAAAGCAGCCGGCGAAUCCCAACGACGAGUGGAAGCAGUACGAGCAGCUCCAGCAGCUCCUAAAACAAAUCAUGAUCCUGGAGGAGUCGCUCAGUCAGGCGGUCUGUCCACAGAUCAGCGAUUCCCCGGACGAUCAAACCCGACUGGCCAAAGUCGAGGCCUUCAGUGCGUGGGCCAAGGAGGGAGGCGUCCACAGCGAGGGUCUGGAGAUAGCCAUCUUUCCGGGCUACCAGCUGGGUCUGCGCGCCACCCGGCAACUGGAGAAGGAGGAGCUGGUGCUCAGUGUGCCCCGGAAACUGAUCUUCUCUGAGGAAAGUGACUCCGAUUGCCGGCUGUUCGGCAACAUGCCACAGGCCACCCAUCUGAACCUGGCCUACGAUCUGGUCAUCGAGAAGAUCCGCGGCGAGUUCAGCGAGUGGCGACCCUACAUCGAUGUCCUGCCCGCCAAAUACAACACCGUGCUGUACUUCAGCACCAAGCAGAUGGAGCGCCUCCGGGGCACCGCCGCCUGCUCCCUGGCGCUGCGCCAGUGCCGCGUGAUCGCCAAGCAGUUCGGCUUCCUCUACCGGUACGCCCACAUCCUCACCGAGACGAGCUCCGGUAACAGGAGCCUUCCCGGGGACAGGGGCCUCUUCUUCGCGCAGCACGGACUCUGCUACAAGCUAUACAGAUGGGCCGUUUCCACGGUUAUGACCCGCCAAAAUCUUGUGCCCAGCGAAAAGCAGGAAUCGGGAGACAGUCCCAAGUUCAUCUCGGCCCUGAUUCCCUACUGGGACAUGGCGAACCACAGGCCGGGCAAGAUCACCUCCUUCUACGGCGCCGUUUCCAGGCAAUUGGAGUGCACCGCCCAGGAAGCCUGUGCCGCCGGUGAACAGUUCUUCAUCUACUACGGGGAUCGGUCGAAUACCGAUCUUUUAGUGCACAACGGCUUUGUGGACGUGAACAACCCCAAGGAUUACGUGAAUAUUCGCGUGGGUUUGAGUCCUACGGACGCUCUGGCCGCCAAGAGGGCCAGCAUUCUGGACAAGCUGAACAUCCGGCACACGGCGGAGCUGCGGGUGCUCCCGGCACCGGAAUUCGUCUCCAAGGAGCUGCUGGCCUUCGUUCGGGUGUUCAAGAUGAGCGCCGAGCAGCUGGAUCACUGGUGCAGCGACUUGGAGCGGGCCGGUGACCUGCUGCACAUCGAUUGCGCCUUGGAAACGGAUCACGAGACGCGCACCUGGCAGUUCCUGGAGGACAGGUUGAAACUGCUGCUGGCCGUUCUUGAUAAGGAGUUGCGGGAGGCCGACGAGGUGAAGGAGCUGUCUGAGCUGGAACUCAAGGACGGGGGCAAGCCGGGCCAGGAGAUCGAGCUUAUGUUGCUGCUGUACCGCCGGCUGGAGAGGAGCAUCCUCGCCGGAGCUCUGCAAUACGCCCGGGAGCAUCGCAAGGUCUAGGGAGUAGGGCAUCGCCCACCUUGGGCCCAUCACCCACACAAUUCGAGUGGCCAUCGAAAAGCGACAUCAAUAACUCAGUCUAGCAUUAGCAAUUAGCUAUCAUUUUUUUUUUCUCUACCAUUACUUAACUUAUUUUAACCGAAAGUUGUAGUCGAGUGUUUCUGAAGUUGGAUACCAAAUUAAUUUAUAAUUCUACAACGAACGAAUUUAUACUCGUCUUCGUCAAGUGUUGUCUGCGCAUUCUAGUUUAUAGCGUUUAAUUGUUUUAUGUUUGUUUAUUUUUUAUUUUUAAUAAUAACAGUUUUAGUAUUUUGAAAUUAAACAUGAAGUCAAACACAGCACAAGGUAAACUUUCAAUGGUUAUAUAUAACCUUUUUGUGCUGACAUGAA